UGUUGUGUGUGUGUGUGUGCACACAGAAGCGCAUGCAUGCUUGCGUAUAAAAAGCAUCUGCUCAAUGCUUUUUAUGGUCAUUCGAAGCCGAGACCUGAAAGCAGAAAAAGACUUGUCUGAACAAACUCAGGAUUAUGUUGGAUUUUACUCGGCUGUGGAGCUUGUUGCAUCUGUCCACGGCCUCUGAGGAAACCUGCUCAAUCACACUUUGUCACCUCUCCGUCUCCGUCUCCGCUGCCCUCCAGCUCCAGCGAUGGCUGAAUGGAGUUGGCUGGUUUACACGGCAGUCGAAGUGCUGAUUUCCGUGGCCUGUUGCUUCGGCAACAUGUUGGUGGUGUGUUCCGUGUGUGUCGGUAUUCGGGAUUCCCUUCGAGAGCCCACCUUCUGCUUCCUGGUCUCCUUGGCGGUGGCUGACUUCCUUGUGGGUGUGGCUGCUGUGCCCCUGGCCGUGGUGUUGGACGGCUGGGUGAGUCUGACCCCUGACCUGUGCCUGCUCCUCAGCUGUGUCGUGCUCGUGCUGACACAGGCCUCUGUGCUGUCAUUGCUAGCUAUCGCCGUGGACCGAUACCUGCGGUUGCACACACCGCUCAGAUACAAAUCCCUGGCCACACAGAGGCGCACAUGGUUGGCACUGUCUGUUUGCUGGAUCCUCUCCUGUCUACUAGGGUUCACCCCUCUGUUUGGCUGGCACAACUACUCCUCACUAACAUCUAAUUCCACCAAUACUUCUUCCGCUUCCUUCACCUCUCCACCGUGCACCUUCCUCUCUGUUGUUUCUCUCCCCUUCAUGGUCUACUUCAACUUCCUGGGAUGUGUCAUGGCACCCCUGUUGGUCAUGAUGCUCCUCUACAUUCGAAUCUUCUGGAGCCUUCAGGGCCGCCUAAAGGAGGGCUGUCCUCAAGCCCAGGCCUCUCUGCUCAGGGAGAGGAGGCUGGCCUGUUCCCUGGCUCUGGUUCUCAUUUUGUUUGCCUGCUGCUGGAUUCCUCUGCACCUGAUGAACUGUCUGCUGCUGUUUCUCGGCCCGCAAGCUGUCACACGGGGGACACUUUAUACAGGUAUCCUUUUGUCUCAUGCCAACUCAGCCAUCAACCCUGUGGUCUACGCCUACCGCAUCCCAAAGAUCCAGCAGGCCUACAGUCAAAUAUGGAGACGACUUCUGCUCAGGCUAAACUGUUGCCAUGGGGACAAGCAAGUUCAGCGAUCAAUAACGGGCGACCCAGCCAAUCAGAGAGAGAGGUGUGGAUCAGGAGGGAAGACCACACCCUCACAAAAUACCACAGGGUCAUUUUCAGUAAAGUAUGUUUGAGGAUAUUAUACACAACACUCACACAAGACAUUUGCAGGCAGAUGAUGAUUGUUUGAAUUUGUCAAAAUGAAAUCCAUACUGGAAGUGUUUGGUUCGAAUGAAACCCUGCAUACCCCAGUCCGCCAUUGGCGUUCAGCUUUUUAAUCCAUGAUCUGCAAACUUCAUUCUCCUCAAAACUAUCUCCUAUGUCUCCACUAGAGGGUGGCCUACACUCACAAACUCAACAGCUGUUGUCGUACACAAAGCAUCACAACACACAUCGCAUGACGGGGACAGACGAGUUCAAGACCUCAUUCACUGACUUUUGGACAACGGGUUUGAGGCAAGUGUAGCUUUAUUGAGAUGUACAUAUAUUUAAGCAUAGCCAUGUGACAGGUUCAAUCAAUUGAACACUAAUCCUUUGCAGCAGGUAUGUACCCGAUCCUUUUUGUCAUGACGUCGAAGAAUAAACGUGAUACUCGGCCAUGA